CUUCCUGUGCUGGGAGAUAACGGCUGGGGCGAAGACGUGAGUGAAUCUGUCAUUUUUGUGUUCAGGAAUACACUCACAGUUCGCUGGAGAUUGGAGGAGCCAUGCCUUUCCUCCAUGGGUUCCGAAGGAUCAUCUAUGAGUAUCAGCCUCUGGUGGAUGCUGUGAUGUGUGUUGUUGGGCUGGAUGAAGGACUUGGUGAUCAAGAGGAGAGAAUCAUAAAUCCAGAAGAAGACAGCAGUGUGUGUACAGCUCUAGUGGAGCUUCUGGAGCGAGAAUCCCAAUCAGAGGUGUUUGAUGAAGGCAUCAGCUAUGCCCUGUUUAAGGUGGCAGAGCGAGGACUGGUGUACGCCGCUGAAAUCCUACUACGCUAUGGAGCUGAUCUAAACUUUGAAGACCCAGUUUCAUACUACAAUCCACUGCAUAUAGCUGUUUUGAGGAACAAACCAAACAUUGUAAGGCUUCUGGUUGGACAUGGAGCAGACAUUGAAAAAAGGGACAGGAUCCAUGAGAGCAGUCCUUUGGAUCUCGCCAGUGAGGAGUCAGAAAGGCUCCCCUGCCUGCUCACCCUGCUGGACCUGGGUGCUAAUGUGAAUGCAAGGGAUAAACAUGGAAAAACGCCUUUGCUUCAUGCCUUGGCAAGCAGUGAUGGACUCACAGUGCAUAACACAGAGAACAUCGAGCUUCUUCUUCAAAGAGGUGCUGAUGUUAAUGCUGCGACUCUAGAUGGGGAAACAGUAGAGUCCUCAUUGGUUUUUCUGGUGAAGGAAGCUCUGGAUGCCAACACAGAGGACGCUGCUGAGAUCGGCACCUUCUGCUUGAAAACCACACAGUUACUGCUGGCCCAUGGCGUCGACCCCAGCUGCUGUCUGAAUGAGGAUGGCGAGCCCUCACUAACACAGACCAGCCUGGAGCACUUUGACCUGCUCUUCCCUCUGGCUGUGCUUUUAAUCCAGAGCGGAGCCUCUCUGGUUUGCUCGUACCACGGCAGCUCCUGUUGGUCGGGUUACAGCCUCCUUUUCCAGCGACUCCAUACAGCCCUGCAGCACUGUUCGGAUCAAAGUCACACCUCCGAGCUCCUGGAGCAAGCUGAGGCCUUGCUCGAUUUAGCGAGAGUAAACAUCCCCACGCUGCAUUUGCCCUCAAGCCUGGAACCCCCUGUCCAUGUUCAGGACACUCACCCCAAUGCUCUGGCUCUGUUAGACCUGCACAGCCGGGUAGUAGCACAUGAAACAAGCCCUCCAGCACUGCGAUGCCUUUCCCGUGCAUUCAUAAGAAGCCACCUACAGCCUUGGCCUCUGGAAGACAGGGUCAAAGCUUUACCUUUACCAGACAGACUGAAAGACUUUCUCCUCCCUGAACGCACAUACACCCCGAGGCCUGGCUGGGACUGCUUCAAGCCUCAGCACAGCCAACACUGACAUUACAGUAAAACUGCCAGUUUUGUUCUACUUUCAGUCUCAAAUGAGAGACUCUGGCCUGUAAUAAUCUGUGUAAAUAUCAAAGCAUUUGUCCGUAUAUGAAACUCUAAUAUAAUAAACCAUUGAGGCCUUUGUUAAAUCUGUUUUGUGAGUCUGUGCCAAAUUGACAGACUAGUGUGUAUAUGUUUACCUUGAUAUAUAAAGUGUGUUGUUAAAGAAAAAAAAAAAAACAGCCUUUAAGUUGAAUCAUGUCAAAGUGUUACGAUAAAG